AAGUCUCAAUCUGGUAUUUUCAUUUAGGAAUUAUUUAGUACAUAGAGAGGUGUGUGAUACAAUUACUUUAAGACCAAUUUGCGUUGAGGGUCGUUUGUUUGAGUGCGGCAUUAUUGGGUGGUUGACCUUUGGCCUAUUUCUUUCAAUUUCCAAUUUUCCAUGCCCAUCCCUGCAAAGGCCAAGCCCGCUUGGGUUGUUUUUUCUUUUGAGGCUGCAGUAUAAAGGGAAGUGAAUGUUCAGAAGUUUAGUCAGAUUUUUUUGUUUUUCUUGACUUCAGAGGGGAAGAAGAAAGAGAAAGGAGGAGAGGAGAGAGUUGAGGAGCAAUGGCAGGCGGUGCAUUUGAGGAUACAGAGGCUGCAAAAAGGGCCCAUCUCUAUGAGUAUAAGAUUACAGGCUAUUUCAUCUUUUCUUGCAUUGUUGCAGCUUCUGGGGGAGCUCUUUUUGGAUAUGAUCUUGGUGUUUCUGGUGGGGUGACUUCCAUGGAUGAUUUCUUGAAGCGCUUCUUUCCAAAAGUGUACAGGAGGAAGCAAGAACAUCUCAAAGAGACAGAUUACUGUAAAUAUGAGAGCCAGAUCCUUACACUCUUCACAUCUUCUUUAUACUUUGCUGGCCUUGUUUCCACCUUUGCUGCUUCCCAUGUGACCAGAAAAAAAGGCAGGAAAGCCUCAAUACUUGUUGGGUCCAUUAGCUUCUUUUUAGGAGCAGUCCUCAAUGCUACUGCAGUGAACAUUGCUAUGCUGAUCAUUGGAAGAAUUCUCCUUGGGGUAGGCAUUGGAUUUGGUAACCAGGCGGUUCCUCUGUAUCUUUCAGAAAUGUCACCUGCUAAAAUCCGAGGAGCAGUGAACCAGCUUUUCCAACUAUCAACCUGCUUAGGGAUCUUAGUAGCCAAUUUUAUAAAUUAUGAAACUGAUAAAUUGCAUCCAUGGGGUUGGAGAUUAUCUCUUGGUUUAGCCACAGUCCCUGCAACUGUAAUGUUUCUUGGGGGUCUUGCUCUUCCUGAGACCCCAAACAGUCUUGUAGAGCAAGGCAAAUUUGAAGAAGCAAGAAAGGUAUUGGAGAAAGUCAGAGGAACAUCGAAAAUUGAUGCCGAGUUUGCUGAUCUUGUUGAUGCGAGCAAAGCAGCACAAGCCAUAAAGCAUCCGUUCAGGAACCUCCUGAAGCGAAGAAAUCGUCCCCAGUUGAUAAUAGGGGCUUUGGGAAUCCCAGCUUUUCAGCAGCUCACUGGCAUGAACUCCAUUCUCUUCUAUGCUCCUGUGAUAUUUCAGAGCUUGGGUUUCGGUUCUAAUGCAUCUCUGUAUUCAUCUCUAAUAACCAGUGGAGCACUGGUUCUUGCUUCAUUAAUAUCAAUGGCAUUUGUAGAUAGGUGGGGUAGAAGAAAGUUCUUUUUGGAGGCAGGUUGUGAAAUGAUAUGCUAUAUGGUGGCUGUGGCCAUUACUCUGGCCCUGGAGUUUGGACAAGGAAAAACGCUUCCCAAAGGAACUAGCUACUUCUUAGUGAUCAUAAUCUCUCUCUUUGUGUUGGCUUAUGGAAGGUCUUGGGGCCCUCUGGGGUGGCUGGUCCCUAGCGAGCUCUUCCCCUUGGAGACCAGGUCAGCUGGGCAGAGUAUGGUGGUCUGUGUCAAUCUCUUCUUCACAGCUCUCAUUGCUCAGUGUUUCCUGGUGUCUCUAUGUCACCUCCGAUAUGGGAUUUUCUUGGUCUUUGCUGGCUUAAUUGUCAUAAUGAGCUGCUUCAUUUACUUCCUCCUGCCAGAAACAAAGCAGGUUCCAAUAGAAGAGGUAUGUUACCUCUGGUCCAAGCACCCAAUCUGGAAGAAAAUAGUAGGGGAUGAGCCACGGACCGAAGGCAAGUCAGCUGAGAAUUAAGGACUACUCUAUUGAAAUCCUCAAGUGGAGACUGGGGAGAGCCCUUCUAUAGAUUAUUAUUGGGUUUAUGAACACGUUUUUUGUUCAAUAGUUUUAGGAAAUGUUUCACUUUCUGCAGCAGUAUAAACAAAGAAUUUCCAAUAAUUGUAAUCAGUAUGACAUGCACUACUUUCAGUUUCAAUGGUAUCCAAUACAUUAUGCAAAAAUA